GAGGUGCGCGCCUCCGACGGGACGCUGCUGUACCGGCUGCCGCGGGGCUGGGGCGGGCCGGGGCCCGGCGCGCAAUAAAUGCACUAGGGGCCCGCCUCCGCCUGUGCCGCUUCCGUCGCGCCGGCCGCGGGGAUGAGCUCCGAGGCCGCGGGGAUGGGCUCCGAGGCCGCGGGGAUGAGCUCCGAGGCCGCGGGGAUGGGCUCCGAGGUGGCGCGGCUGCUGGAGGCCGUGGACUUUGCAGCCAGGAAACACAAGGAGCAGCGGCGGAUGGAUCCCGAGGGCACCCCCUACAUCAACCACCCCAUCGCCGUGGCCAGGAUCCUGGCGCAUGAGGCCGGCGUGACGGACGUGGUGGUGCUGCAGGCCGCCCUGCUGCACGACACCGUGGAGGACACGGACACCACGUUCUCGGAGAUCGAGGAGCGGUUCGGUGCCGAGGUGCGGCGCGUCGUGGAGGAGGUGACGGACGACAAGAGCCUGCCCAAGAUGGAGCGCAAGCGGCUGCAGAUCGAGCGCGCUCCCUCCUGCAGCCGCCGCGCCAAGCUGGUCAAGCUGGCGGACAAGCUGCACAACCUGCGGGACCUGAACCGCUGCACCCCGCAAGGGUGGUCGGAGGAGCGCGUGCAGGAGUACUUCCGGUGGGCGGCGCGCGUGGUGUCGGGGCUGCGCGGGACCAGCGCGGCCCUGGAGGGGGCGCUGCAGCGCCUGUUCGAGGAGCGCGCCGUCCCCACGUGACCGGGGCCGCGCCCGCCUCGGCCAAUAAACGUGCGCAGAGCUCAG